CACCCUCCAUCUACCCCCAACCUGCUCGACCUUUAACGCUUAGGGUUGCUGUACCCACUCCGCCCUUUCACUUUUCAAAUUUCUGACGACCGUUUGUUUCUCUCUCUCUAAAACAUUUUAUUUCUGGGCUUGUGCACGGACUUUGUGUCUCAGUGGAGAAUUCAGAGGCAAAUUCAAUAUUGUCUGCAAGGUGCACGGAAUUUGUGUCCGCUCUCUGCAUACUGGUACUCUCAAAUUUAUUGAAGCUCUGUUUGUGCAUGGUUUUUUCUCAGAGAAGGAAAUUUCUGCCAUUCUUGGGUAGGUCAAUAAUGUUUUGUGGACCUUGUUCUGGAGGGAGUUGUAAUCAAAGAGCAAUUAAGAUAUGCAGUUUCAACCAUUUAUCAAGGAACAAUGGCAAGUAUGAUGACAGCAGGGUCAAGAGAGCUGAAGUCUUAGUCUCUACUUCUGAGGGGAAUGGUGAUAGUUUUCAAAAGAUGAGGGCUUUGCAUGGGAGGACUACUGGCCCUACAAGGCGAUCAACAAAGGGACAGUGGACAGCUGAAGAGGAUGACUUACUGUGCAGGGCAGUCCAACGAUUCAAAGGAAAAAAUUGGAAAAAAAUAGCUGAAUGUUUCAAGGAUCGGACCGAUGUUCAGUGUUUGCACAGGUGGCAGAAAGUCUUAAAUCCUGAACUCAUCAAAGGUCCAUGGUCUAAAGAGGAGGAUGAGAUAAUAAUUGAGUUGGUGAAUAAGUAUGGGCCAAAGAAGUGGUCAACUAUUGCACAAGCAUUACCUGGACGAAUUGGAAAGCAAUGUCGGGAAAGGUGGCACAAUCAUCUAAAUCCUGCCAUAAACAAGGAAGCAUGGACUCAAGAAGAGGAACUGGCUUUAAUUCAUGCUCAUCAAAUUUAUGGGAACAAGUGGGCCGAGUUAACAAAAUUCUUGCCUGGAAGGACAGACAAUGCAAUAAAAAAUCACUGGAACAGCUCAGUAAAAAAGAAGUUGGAAUCUUAUUUGGCAUCAGGUUUACUUGCACAGUUCCAAGGUUUGUCUUAUGUGGGAAACCCAAACCCUUCAUCCUCUUUCAAGAUGCAAAACAAUGGAGAUAAUACUGGCCAAUUAUAUGUGGCAAUAGCAGAAGAAACUUCAGAAUGUAGUCAGGGAUCAAAUGUUAUCAAUUGCUCCCAAUCUGAGCCUGAUACAGAAAAUAUGGCUAUAAAUGCAACAGAGAAUUUUAAGACGACUGAGGAUUCCGGUGAAAGGAAGGACCACAAUAAUUUUGGUACAUCAUGUUCCACGUCUCUGGAAGAAUCUGCUGUCCUAGAAAUACAUCACAUGGAUGCUCUUUUUGACCAACAACUGUUGUGUGAGAUUGGAACUUCUGAAAGUAAGGAUUGCCAAUUUAGUUCCCAUGAAUUACCUAGUGCCUCUUUGUUAGAUGUGUCACGGGAGUCACCAGGACUUUCUGGAACACCAGAAUAUUGCAUCAGUUUGAAUGGAAGCCAUGACACAGGACCUACUCUGUUACAAAGCUCUGUUGGGUUCAAAUCUUCCGCUUCAACAGAAAAUAUCCUUAUUGAUUCUGAUAAACUGGAGCACCUAUUGAUAUCUGAGAAUGAUUACUCUGAGAUUACGCUCUCAGAAGCAGUGAUCCAUGGAAACUUUCGUUGUGUAAAUGCAGCAAAUUUGUCCAAUAAUAUUGACUCGGAUGGGGGGACAAGUUCAUUACAUUGCCAGUCUGAUUUGCAGAGCUCUGCAACCACUGGAUCUUUAGCUUUGGAGUCAUAUAUCACUCAGGGCAAUGUCUUAGGACAAACUCUGGAAUUGGAGAUCUUUACAAGUUCUUGCAAUGACUUCAUUGACAUUGAUUCUCCAGACGGUGAAACAGAUAAAGCAGGUGACCAUCUGAAACUAGAUAAGGCAAAGAAUGCUCCAAAACUGGUUCCUGUAGAUAUAUUUAGUUUAGCAAAUGCAGAAUCUAUGGGAACCCUUCCCUCCAUGGAUGACAACAAAAGCCAGCAUCUAAAGUCAGAUGGGAAAAAGGAUGCUUCAGGGCUGGCUCCUGUGGAUCUGUUAAGCUCAGAAAAUUCAGAUUCUACACAAGCCCAUCCCUCUAUGGAUAACAACACCACAGUACUCGUAGAAGAAAAGAAUUCAAGAGCUCUAUUUUAUGAGCCCCCUCGUUUUCCAAGAUUAGAUAUUCCCUUUGUAAGCUGUGAUCUCAUGGCAUCUGGUAGUGAUAUGCAGCAAGAAUAUAGUCCAUUUGGGAUUCGUCAACUAUUGAUACCCUCAAUGAACUUCUCCACACCAUGCAGUUUACAGGAUUCACCAUGUAGGGGCGGUACUCCAGAUUCCAUAUUAAAGAAUGCUGCUAAAAGCUUCACAUCAACACCUUCCAUAUUGAAAAAACGACCACGUGAAGUUGUGUCACCUUCUGAACAAGCAAGAGGAGAGAAAAACCCUGAGAGGGAGACAAAUCAGCUGGGCCUAUUCUGUGCCAACGAUUUUCCUUCUCUAGAUGUUAUUUUUUAUGAGAAUGGGCCUUGCAAUCCAUCCUUAUCUUCUACAGAGAGGAAUUCCCUUUCUCCUUAUUACAAGAAAGUAAAUUUAGAUCAUGAUUUUGAAGAGGGGAAAGAGGGCAUUGCAAAUUCAGAGAGCAGAGUUUCAGAGAAAGGCAAGGUUAAGCAGGGGACCAUUGUCUUUGGUGCUAAGGCCAAGUGUGAGGUGGAUACUACUUCCCAAACCCAUUCAGGAGUUCUUGUUGAAUGUAACAAGAAUGAUCAGCUAAUUUCCUCUCAUGAUAGAGAUGAAUAUCAAACAAGUGGAGCCAUGGGUGCUGGAGCUUUAAGCUCUGGAACUAAGGAUUCUAGAAAGUUGGACACUGCAUCCAAUCAGAGUGGCCUUUUAGAAUCUUCAUCUGGGAAGCAGCCUCUUUCUAGCUUUCUCCCUUCUGCAGUCUGUGCAAAGAAAAAUGAGAGGCAUGUAGUUCCAGUCACAUCUUCACAAUGCACUCAAUCAUCAAACUUGCUAGAAAUUACAUUUGAAAAUGCAGGGAGUGAUGGUGAUAUUCAAAGUUUUAACAUAUUUGGUGACACCCCAGGUAUUAAAAGAGGAAUUGAAUCUCCAUCAGCAUGGAAGUCUCCUUGGUUUAUGAACUCUUUUCUCCCUGGACCAAGAAUUGAUACAGACGUGACAACUGAGGACCUGGAAUAUUUCAUGAGUCCUGGGAUGAGAAGUUAUGAUGCCAUAGGAUUGAUGAGACAGAUGAAUGAACACACUGCAGCUGCAUUCACCAAUGCACGAGAAAUUUUGGCCAGUGAUGAUCCUGAAAUGCCCUCUAAAACAAAACUCUCUAGUAACCAAAGUUCAUCGCCAGAGACCAAUGAUUUUCCUCAUAAUGAGCAGGAGAAUAAGGUUCCUGGUGUCUUGACGGAGAGGCGAGUUCUUGAUUUCAGUGGAUGUGGAACACCUGGGAAGGGAACAGAGAAGAAGAAAUUCUCAGGUUUUGGGGCUACAGUAAGCUUUUCAAGUCCCUCAUCCUAUCUAUUGAAAAGUUGCAGGUAGCAGAUUGUCACAGUUGAUGUCUUCUGCCGUGCUCAUGCUCUGAAGUAUAUAUGUGUGUAGUUUUUUGUUUUAUAUUUCUUUCAUCUUCCAACAUGAAGAGAGAUGUAGAACAUGUCAAACUUAUAUGUAGAGGUGCUGUUUGAUUUCAUUCUUGAGGUUUCAGAUGCAAAGAGUAGUUUAGAGUAUGUUCAAGUCAUUUGUAGAGGUCAUGUUGAAUUAUAUAAGCAUUCUGAUUUAUUGAAUAAAAUAAAAUCAUUAAUCAAUUUUCUUUC